AUGAAGUUGAACAUCUCCUACCCUGCCAACGGCAGCCAGAAGCUCAUCGACAUUGAGGAUGAGCGCAAGCUCGCCGUCUUUCAUGGAGAAGCGCGUACAUGGGCGCUGAGGUCCCCGCCGACUCCCUCGGUGGACGAGUUCAAGGGCUACAUCUCCGCAUCAACGGUCCGCAAGUACGUCAUCCGCCGCGAGGUCCAGCCCAAGGGCGAGGGCAAGAAGGCCUACACCAAGGCCCCCAGGAUCCAGCGCCUGGUCACCCCCCAGCGCCUCCAGCACAAGCGCCACCGCCUUGCGCUCAAGCGCCGCCAGUCCGAGAAGGUCAAGGACGAGGCCAACGAGUACGCUCAGAUCCUCGCCAAGCGUGUCGCCGAGAAGAAGGCCGAGAAGGCCGACGCUCGCAAGCGCCGCGCUUCCUCCAUGCGCAAGUAA